CAAGUGCGCAGGCGCGAGGGAGUCAAUCCUGCGACCGGCUCUGAGCAGACGCAUGCGUGUUGAGUCCUAGCUCUCCAGCAUGGGUUCCUCGCUCCCUGUCUUGUCUCUGAUGUGCCUCCUGUCCAGUCCCAGGCUUCAGCUAGGAAAUGCCCAGGCUCCUACCAUGGUGCAGCUGCCAGGUGGGCGAUUUUUGAUGGGGACAGAUGCUCCAGAUGGCAGAGAUGGUGAAGGACCUGCCCGAGAAGUGACAGUAAAAUCCUUUACCAUUGAUGUAUUUCCAGUCACCAAUAAAGAUUUCAGGGAGUUUGUUCGGGAGAAAAAGUACCAGACUGAGGCUGAGACGUUUGGGUGGAGUUUCGUCUUUGAGGAUUUUGUCUCCCCUGAGCUUAGAAAUCAAGCAAAUCAGAUGCCGUCUGUUCUCUGGUGGCUACCAGUGCAAAAGGCAUUUUGGAGGCAGCCUGCAGGUCCCGGCUCUGGCAUUCGAGAGAAACUGGAGCUUCCGGUGGUACACGUGAGCUGGAACGAUGCUAGCGCUUACUGCGCAUGGCGGGGGAAGCGGUUGCCCACAGAAGAAGAGUGGGAGUUUGCGGCCCGAGGGGGCUUGAAGGGUCAGGUUUAUCCUUGGGGGAACCGGUUUCAGCCAAACCGCACCAAUUUGUGGCAGGGAAAGUUCCCCAAAGGUGACAGAGCUGAAGACGGUUUUCAUGGACUGUCACCAGUGAAUGCCUUCCCCCCACAGAACAACUAUGGACUAUAUGACCUCAUGGGCAAUGUGUGGGAAUGGACAGCGUCCAUAUACCAAUCUGCCAGCCAGGACAUGCGUGUCCUCCGGGGGGCAUCAUGGAUCGACACAGCUGAUGGCUCUGCCAAUCACCGGGCUCGGGUCACCACCAGGAUGGGCAACACUCCAGAUUCAGCCUCAGACAACCUGGGCUUCCGCUGCGCUUCCAGCACAGGCCAACUGAAGGAGGAUCUCUGAGCAUCCAGGCAGAGAUAGAGAAAGCUCCUGUCAGUUCUGUGUGUCCCUGACCACGUUCCAGAGGCAUCCAGAUACCAAGUUCUUCAUCAGCCUUUGGGUGGCCUCCCUUUGAGCCCUUUCUCUCCGGCAGAUGCCUCCUAAGGGCAUAAGAACACUCAACCCUGAGAAGGGACUACCAUAGCCUGAUGACCUUGGCUGGGAGCUAGGUGUUUCUCUGAAGUGCAGAAUUAAGGACAUAGGAAACAAGUACUCCAAUAUCUGGGGUAGCUUUUCAAAAGACAGCGAUUGAAAAAUUUCUCCCUUUCAGCCAGGUGGUGGUAACACAAUCCCUGCACUUGGGAAGUAGAGGCAGGUGGAUCUCUGUGAGUUUGAGAUCAGCCUGGCAUACAGAGUGAGUUCCAGGACAGCCAAGGCUACACUGAGAGACCCUGUCUCAAAAAACUAAUAUCUUCCUUUUCUUUCUCCCUAUCUGAUUGCACUUUCACUUCUCCUGGGAAAUCCUGUAGAAGGACAGUGCUUCCCUUAUGUGAUGGUGCCUAAAACCCCUCUGAGGGACCCUAGCCUCCCAGAGUGCUCAUCAUAUGGCAAGGCGGGCUCUCAGUCCUCUGGCCUCGGCUUCCUGGGUGCUGGGAUUGUAUACAGUCCACGGUAUUUUGUUUUUGUUUUUUCGAGACAGGGUUUCUCUGUGGCUUUGGAGGCUGUCCUGGUACUAGGUCUUGUAGACCAGGCUGGGCUCGAACUCACAGAGAUCCACCUGCCUCUGCCUCCCGAGUGCUGGGAUUAAAGGCGUGCGCCCCGGCUCACAGUCCACAGUAUUAAAACACUCUGGUAGACCAAUAAUUUACCAAGUGAAGCUGUGCAUUGUGGGGGUAACAAGGUCCGUGCUCCUCUAGGAAGACAAAUGUCAUAAGUUUCUCCUCUGAGUGUUAAUAUGUAGGGACUUCCGUGUAAUUCGGCAAACAUGUCCCUCGGAAAGAACUGGAUCCACAGUGUCACUGGAUCUCAGGUCAAUAAACUCUGCAUUUGUGUGUA